CAAGUACAUGUCAAAAAUCAAAAUACACACAUUUUUUUAUUAUUUUAUUUUAGAUUAAUUAAAAUGUACAUUAAUAACAAACAACAUUAACUGAUUCAAUUUUCAUCUUAUAAAUUAUUUAAAAUUGUUUUUAAAAUUUCAAUAAUAAAUAUUUUCAUAAAACAAAGUUUAAAAAAUUAAAUUGCUCAAUUUUUUGUCAUUCCAGCAUAAUUUAUGAUUAACCAAUUUUUGUGUUAUCUUUAAACAAUUGAUAAUUUAAUUUUUAAAUAAAUAAACCAAAAAAAAUACUGAAAAUGAUGUCAGAUAUUGGUGAAGCAGCUGCAGCUGAAGUUCACUUGUCAUCUCAAGAGUUCAAUGAAGAGCUUAUAAAUAUAAAACAAAUUGCAAAACAUCUUCCAAUUGUUUUGGGCAGCUGUUCAUCAGAGCUGGGACAAUUAAAAUCAGAUCUACUUGAAUUACAAAAAAAACAAAAUGGUCUUAUUGAUAAAAUGCAAGUUGAAAAUCAACAGCUCACUGAAACUGCUCAGGAUGGCAUGUGCUCCAGAAUGUAUCCAUUAAUUAAAUCAUACAAUGAUAAAUUACACAGAAUUAAAAAAGAAAUUCUUUCUGUUCAUGAAAGAACAGUUAAAUUAAAGAAACGAGCACUACGUUUGCAACAAAUUAAAGAAAAAGAAGCAUUAUACAAAGAACAAAAACGUGAAGAAGAUCUUCGUCGUGAACAAGAACUCAUUGGUAAACCUUUACCCAAUAAAUAAUUUAUAAAAAAAACAACAUUUAAUUAUUUAUUACGAAU